AUGCGUGCUCCGAUCUCCGCAUUUCUCUCCAGAUCCAUCGGUUUCCUCCACCGUACAUCACCAUUUCCCGCCGCCACACGCCACCUCUCCGCCGUCGCUUCUCCCGAAGAUCGAACCAAGAAGCUCGAGAGAAUCGCCGACGAUUUACUCAAACUAAACAGGAUCGAGCUUCACGAUUACUCAAUCCUCUUCAGCCACAAACUAGGUCUCAAUCGCUACGGUUCCGCCGUAUCUAUCCCCGUCGGAUCCAGCGGCGAUGGCGACGCAUCUACGGAGACUAAAACGGCGGAGAAAACUGCGUUUGAUGUGAAGCUGGAGAAAUUCGAUUCAGCUGUAAAGAUCAAAGUCAUUAAAGAGAUCAGAGCUUUAACGGACUUGGGAUUGAAAGAAGCUAAAGAACUUGUUGAGAAAGCUCCAGUGAUCAUCAAGAAAGGUCUUACCAAAGAAGAAGCUAAUCUGAUCAUGGAGAAACUCAAAGCCAUAGGUGCUAUUUCAGCUUUGGAAUGA